ACUUUCCUCGUCAAGGUCUGCCUUGCCGUAGUGCAGUUAAAUGAAUAGUUAUUUUCAUCUCACUCCUCCGGGCGCGCAGUGGUUCUGGAAAGAUUUCCUAGGAAUAUUACAUUCUAAUGAGGAAUAUGUCGUCGUGUUAACGGGUUAUCUAGAUCUAUAUCCAGAACCAUUUCAAAAUUUAUCAGUUUAUCUGUGAGUUGACUUUUAACAUUGACUUAUUUUAUUAAUGCCGGGAAACUAGUAAAAAAGCUAGAGGUACAAUAGGACAGCGUUCGGCACACGGCUUGUUCUUCUGUUUUCUCCGGAGAAGGAUAGAACCAAACAAAAGGCGGUCCAAGAUAAAGAGAUAACUGUCUCAGAAUGAAUAACAAUACUGAGAAAGAGAACGAAUCGAAUGAAUUCACCAGUCACGAAGAGGAGGUCCGCACAUUAUUUGUCAGCGGACUACCUCUGGAUAUAAAGCCGCGAGAGCUGUAUCUCCUGUUCAGACCAUUUAAGGGUUAUGAGGGAUCAUUGAUAAAACUCACCUCCAAACAGCCAGUGGGGUUUGUCAGCUUUGACAGCCGAUCAGAGGCAGAAGCUGCCAAGAAUGCCUUGAACGGUGUCCGCUUCGACCCGGAGAUCCCCCAGACUCUGCGGCUGGAGUUUGCCAAAGCCAACACCAAGAUGGCCAAGAACAAGCUGGUGGGCACUCCUAACCCUCCUCCCUCCCAGCAGAGCCCUGGCCCACAGUUCAUCAACAGAGACCCAUAUGAGCUCACAGUACCCGCUCUAUACCCUGGCGGCCCAGACAUGUGGGCGUCAUACCCGCUGUACCCGGCGGAGCUGUCGCAAGCCCUCCCUCCUGCUUUCACCUACCCCUCCUCACUCCACACUCAGAUUCGCUGGCUCCCUCCUGCAGAUGGAACUCCCCAGGGAUGGAAGUCCAGGCAGUUCUGUUGAGGUUCAUGAUGUGUGAUGGUGGCCACGGUCGGCCUUGAUGGUGUUGCUGGCGGUUCUCAUGUCCAAACCAGGAGGAUUCCUGACCUUGUUUACCGCACAGUGGACCGUUGGCAACAACAGCCUCAUGGGCCUCAGGACAUUCCAGACCCAAGCCGCCAUCACACAUCAGCCCCCCCCCCCCCCCCCCCCCCCCCCCCCCCCUGCUACAACCCCCCUUUUUAUACUGUUACAUACUCAAGAAUUACUGAUACCACUUUGGUUCCAGUCCAAUACAUAAGACCUUAUGAUGCCUUAUGAGAAUGACAUAGUCUAACAUACAGGCUUAUGUUCCAAUAUCCCUGCUAGCACACACACUACCGGUCAAACGUUUGGGGUCACUUAGAAAUGUCCUUUGAACGGUAAUGUAUGUAUGCUAGUGUGUUUAUUGGAACAUAACCACUAAAAACCUUCAUUGACAUUCAUCAAACCUUUUUUUAAAUUGAUAUGAGCCCAUACACGUAUGUAUUACUUUAAAAUACAUUCAAGAGUGCAAAGUUUGGCCAUAUCAGUUGGGGAUGAAAUGUUUCUGAAUUUACAUCUGUGUGAGUGCAAGGCCUAUGCAGGCAUUUUGAAAGUCUUAUGUAAAAGAGGAUGACCAAAAUGUUACCAGAUUAUAUUAUUAUUGAUUAUAAUUAUUACCUUUCUGUAUACCUUUCCUUAUAAUGAUUAUUACUACAUGUUGAAGCAUGACUUGCCCCCCCCCCCCCACCAAAAAAAAUGAAAAUGCUGUAAAUCUUUAGAUAUUUUAAAGAUAAACCAAAACGUAUUUUUGUAAUCAAUCCAUUGUUUGAAAAUGUUUGAUUUGUUUUCUGUGUAUCAAGUGUGUGAGUAAUAAUGUUUGAGAUCCUCAAAGUCUUUCUUACUUCUCGUAUGAGUGCCAGUCACCGUGUCAUGGCCGAUUGCUCUGCCACACUAAAGCAGUCGCAUCAGUUCGCAGGCUUAUGCUUUUCUUCGUAUAGUAACGAUUCUGAUUAGUCGUGUAGCUUUGUGUCAAUCCUUAAGCUUUUUAUAAGUGGAGACACUAAUAUAAUGCCAAAACUUGUUAGUUCCUACUUGUCAUAAUACAAAAUGUACAUAAUAUUCUACUGCUACAAUUGGCUACUCAACUCCAACCCCCGGAGAGAAUUGGGCUAUGGAGUUGAGCACCCCUGUUCCACACCAAAUAGCAGCCAUUUCAUCACGGUAAAUUGAUACCAGGCUAUAAUUAAGCAAUAAGGCCUGAGGGGGUGUGGUAUAUGGCCAUUAUGCGGAGUGCCUGGAUACAGCCCUUAGCCGUGGUAUACGGUCUGACAUACCACUGCUUUCGGCCAAUCAGCUUUUCAGGGCUCGAACCACCCAGUUUAUAAUCCAAGAUAAUCAAUUUCAGAACCAUGCCAACAUUAAAAUCUACAAUACAGUAUCUAGUCACCCUUAAGACAAAUGUUUUUCUUACGUAUGCAAUGCAGGAACGGAAAUUGUCAGUCCUGCGUACUUGCGUUGCGUUUGUAAUUGCGGGACAACACUAGCUAGGAUCAACAUUUUGCAAAGCUGUUUUGUAGUUCUUGUGUUGCCUCGGGUCUUGGGCUUUAUGGGAGACUUCCCAGGUCCAGAUUAAACCUACCCCUGGAUUGAAAAUAGGCUUCUAUUGGGGGACUCUAUUGAAAAUACUUUUUCAUCCUGGAGUAAGACUUUUCUUGGUCUGGGAUACCAGUCCUGUAAAUUAAUUGUAAACCAGGACUCUACAGACAAUACUGACCAAAGGCGUGUUUUUGUAAUGUAGCGAACUAGGCUAGUGGAAUUAUUCCAUCUCAACAGCUUUGUAAUGCUCAUAUCCUCUGAUUUAUUUUCAAGAAGUGUCCUAUUUUUUUCCUGCAUGCCUCUCGUUGUCACUCAAAGUAGCAUCCUAGCAUCCUGAAAGGAAAAGCUUUUCAAAUGUUUCUGUGUCCUAUCUAAUUAAGUGAAGACUCAACCUCUGGUUUUGUAAAGUUUGAGUAUUUUUACUUAAAUCAGGGAUGGGCAACUGGCGGCCGGCCCCCCUUUUGAAGGCCCUUGGAUCAUUACCCCCCCCCCCCCCCCCCCUCUAAACUUGUUAUCAUGGUCGAGCUGUAAAACAGCUAAUUUUCCUCUCCGGCCCAUGGCAAAAUGAAGGGCAAUUUUUUGGUGUGGCCCCCACCCUUAACAAAGUUGUCCAUCCAUGACCUAGGUGGAUGAUUGGAAUAAAAAAUAAUGUUUCCUGUUUCACCGUUGUUCGCCGAGUACUUGGUUAAAGACUGCAAUAUAGUUGGUUAUACGAGCUCUGUUCAUUCUGUGAAGCUUUAGGGGUUAAAGCCUUCGUUCUGGUUGUUCUUGUACUGUAAUCUCAAAAAUAUAAAUAUGCAGUCUUGUAUUUUCAUGUUAUGUCCAAUAAAUGAGUCAAGGAUCUCACACUGAACCAAGAGUGUAAUAAAAAAAAAUAAUGUCUAAUAUGGAAGUUGGGGGGGGAAAUCUAUAAGGCAUUUACAAAUGAAACGUCGAUGUGAGCAUCGUAAAUACAUCCAUGAAGUAAUAUUCCUUUUAACACAGACGCAAUUACCCUUCCAGUUCAUAAGAGUCACUGUGAGUGCCUAACAUAAAAUGGAUUGGCUGAUUGAUUGAACUCUAUUAGUCAUGUUAAAAUCAUGAGUUUGUAAGUGUUUUAGUGGAUGUGAUGUGAUAUAGUGAGUCCAUGGAAUAUUAAUCUCAAAAUAUUAAAUCCUUUAUGAAAUUAAAUAUUACCCAAGUUUUUACAAUACUUUCCCGCUCUCACUACUUUAAAAUAUUGUAAAAAAAAAAAAUCAUUUUACCAGUUUGCAACGUGAAUUGACAAUAACGCUUAAUUGCAGCCAGUUUGGCAAAUGUUUUAGAACCAUAUUUUCUACUUGAUUUAAUGAUUUUACUACGUUAUCACACAUAUCGUUAUACCCAGAUAGAUCCUGGCAAACUGGCUGCAAUAGCGUUAUUGUCAAUUCACGUUGUAAACUGGGUAAAAGGAUUUUUUUUAAAUAAUAUUUUGUUAGCGACCCAAAAAAUAGACCUAUCUUAAAAUGGGGGUUUUCUGGUUAUCUGACCAGAUAACAACUAAAAUAUGAUGAUAUCGUAUCUUUACCUGGUUGUAAUCUGGUUAUUUCCGGCCAGAUAACAACAAAAAAUAUGAUGUCUUGAUGAUACCGUGUCUUUACUUGGUUGUAAUCUGGUUAUGUGACGUCUACAACCAGGAAACAGUUUAAAACCAGAUGUCUUCAUUAUAACGUCGCAUGCCACAUUUUCCCCUUUGGGAUGAUCAACUGUAAAUCAGAGUGAGAGCAAAAUAUAUGAAAGGAAAGUACAUAUUUUCACCCAGUGUCACCUUUCAAGACGCAGCUGUUAUGUGAGUUGAAAUAAUCAUUCAAUAGAAUGUAAUUCCUUUGUUUGAUGUCCUAAAGCUACUGUAGGACUAAAUGGGUGUUAUGUGCAUGUUUGUGUAUUUUUUUAUUUUUUAUUUUUUUUCAAUGCAUACUGUUGAUAUUCAUGUUUUGCCAAUGUGAGGAGAAUACAUAUUUCAGUGAAUUGCAGGGGUUGUUUGAAAUUUUUAUUGUUAAAACCAAAAAAGAUAAGAAAAGUUAUGAAAAUGAAUAUGUAAAUGAAGAUGUUCAGGGCAUCAGCCAUUAAAGAUUGAUGUUGCCAUUGUU